AUGCACAUAGGCUCGUCGCUCUGGUUGCACCUCACCAUCGCCCACCGCAUCGAUGUCGCCCCUGUUCAUAGCCGCAGCGUCCUCUCUGUCCGCGUUUCAAAGAUUUUAUUCUAUUACUUCGUCCCAUUCGCUUCCUCUCCCCGAUCCCCUUCCGUCCCACACACGCACUCCCCUCCAUCGCUCACGCAUCCUCGCUCCAACGAGCACGCUCCCUCCCCUCCCGUCUCCUUUGCGCAAUCCCCAUUGUCGCGCACGCUCGCUUCCCAGGGUUGCGGAUUACAAAUUCCUUCCGUCGCCCACGCGCACUCCGUGCCCGCCGCGCGCACUCCCUUCCGCCGCCCCCGCCCAAGACCUUCCCGUCGCCCACGCUCACUCGCUUCCCAUCGCCUUCGCGCAAUCGUUCCGUCGCCCACUCUCACUCACUUCCGUCGCCUGCGCUCACUCCCGUCGCCCGCGCUCACUCCCUUCCCGUCGCCCACGCUCACACCCUUCCCAUCGCCUUCGCGCAAUCCUUCGGUCGCACACGCUCACCCCCGCUCGUCGCACACGGCCAAUUCCCUUCGUCCCACGCUCACUCCUCCCCGUCGCGCACGCUCUCUCCCCAUCCGUCGCCCACGCUCACUGCCCGUACGUCGCACGCUCUCACUCCCUUUUGUCGCCCACGUUCACCCCCCUCCCGUCGCCUUCGCUCACUCUCUCCCGUCCCCUUUCUCCCUUCUCAUCUCCACCCUUUCUCCCUUCUCAUCUCCACCCUUUCUCCCUUCUCAUCUCCACCCUUUCUCCCUUCUCAUCUCCACCCUUUCUCCCUUCUCAUCUCCACCCUUUCUCCCUUCUCAUCUCCACCCUUUCUCCCUUCAGGCUGGAGUUAGAGGAUGGGGUGGACGCGAGGUGGAGGAGUGGGGGCGAGUCGUCGUGCUGAGUCGGGGGCGCCGCGACACCGUGGGAGGCACCAUUUCUGCCCCACCCCUUUCCGCCCCAACCCCUUUCCGCCCCACCCCUUUCCGCCCCACCCCAUUCCGCCCCACCCCAUUCCGCCCCACCCCAUUCCGCCCCACCCCAUUCCGCCCCAACCCAGUCUGCCCCACCCCAUCUCCUCCCCACCCCUUUCCGCCUCACUCCAUUCCGUCUCAACAAGAUCCCCCUGGACAAACGGAAGCGGGUGCUACAGCUGCUGCUGUGCUCGUGCUACAGCUACGCGAGAUGCGGUGCUCUGCGCUGCUCUGGGGCUCUGCGGUGCUGUGCUGUGCUCUGCUUGACGCACACCCAUCCUCUCCUCUCCCCAUCCUCUCCUCUCCCCAUCCUCUCCUCUCCCCAUCCUCUCCUCUCCCCAUCCUCUCCUCUCCCCAUCCUCUCCUCACCCCAUCGUCUCCUCUCCCCAUCCUCUCCUCUCCCAUCCUCUCCUCUCCCCAUCCUCUCCUCUCCCCAUCCUCUCCUCUCCCCAUCCUCUCCUCUCCUCAUCCUCUCCUCUCCCCAUCCUCUCCUCUCCCCAUCCUAUCCUCUUCCAUCCUCUCCUCUCCCCAUCCUCUCCUCUCCCAUCCUCUCCUCUCCCAUCCUCUCCUCUCCCCAUCCUCUCCUCUCCCAUCCCAGGCGAGCAUGACAGACGCCCAGACGACCUGCAUGGACGUGCUGCCUUCGCUUGCUCCUGUUUUCAGCAUGUCAAAGGCCCAGACGAGCCACAUUGCAAAAGGGACAGGAAGAUGGAAACACACAAGACUAUAG